AUGUCUCGCUUUAGCUCUGCACUUUCCGCACGCAGGUCCCUGGACUGUGUUGCUUCCCCUUCCCAUGCGUCGGCCCUUCGCGGUCGUGGGUUCAUGUCCCACACUCUCCAACCAGCUUCCACCCGUCUAGCUUUCUCGACCGGACCACGAAGCUCUCAUAAUGCGUCGGCCCUCAGCGGUCGUGGGUUCAUGUCCCACACUCUUCAACCAGCUUCCACCCGUCUACCGUUCUCGACCGGACCACGAAGCAUUUCGCCAUCAUCGUCUGUUCACACCAUGCCUUCACCUCCUACCUCGAUCGCGUCGAGCUUUUCGCCAACGUUGGAUAUGGGAGAGGCUGUUGGCACCGGGGUGGGCUAUAUUGGUGACGAAUCCCCCUCCUUCCGAUCUGUUUGGUCUUCAUCCUCCUUUGGUUCCCGUUUUGCUUCUUGUACUUCUGCUCCUCUCCCUUCUUGUCAUCCUCCUUCUUGUCCCUCCCCUUCCAAUCCUCUUCCUUCUUGGGUUCCUGGCUCUCGUCCCUCUGCUUCGCGUCCUGUUGGCACUGAAGAUAUCCCGUCAGAACUUUAUCAUGCAUGUGCAAAGUUGCCCGAGUUCUUCUGGAGGGUUCUAACCGGCACCUAUGAGACCUCAAGUGAGGAAGAGUCGUCCGUGUCAGACAAGGUAUCCCCCGAAGAACAGUCAGGAGUAUCUGAUGAGGCCUUGGAAGUGUUUGACCCUUCUUGGGUGCCUCAAGUGGGCCCCGUGGGGCCGGACAGCGAUAGUAGUGAUUCGUGGUCAGGUUUGUCAGAAAGUUCUGAUGAUAUGACAUUGUAUACAGCCUCACCGUCGCCUCCCUGGACUGACCGGUCCUACGAGGGUAGUGGAUCAAGUGACCUGGUGUCGAUGGGAUCCCCCUGUAUUCAAUUCUCUUUUGUUCAAGCGUGUUCGCGUGCGAGUUCUCCUGCGUUUGAGUCCCCAAAAAAGACCUAUCCCCCUGCGGCUUGGAUGAACCCGCAUCACAAGCGUGAGUGGGCACCCCGUCUUGAGGAAGUUUAUCAGAGAGAGCUUGCCGCUCUAAAGUUCGAGUCGUCUCGAUACAAGUGUGAGAUCAGUGACGUUCUCUCUGUGUCCCCGGCGGCUUCCAAGCCCCGUACUUACUCGCCAGUUCCAAACGUAGUUCGCCCCGUUUUCCCUCGCAUUCCGCAAGUGCGGAACAGCCGGUGGACAAGUCGUCCAUUCAAUCCUUACUGUUUCCUUGACUCUGUGACUGCUCCCUCGCCUGUUCGUGUUCCUUCUCCUGUUCCUUCUCCUAUGACUCCCAAGGCCAGUGUCUAUUCGCCCACUCCAGUUCGCCCUAUUCUCCCUUCGAUUCCGCAAGUGCGGAACAGUCGGUGGACAAGUCGUCCGUUCGACCCUUAUCGCUUCCUUGACUCUGUGACUGCUCCCUCGCCUGUGCCCUGCCAUGUUCCCCUGACUGCUCCUAUUCCUAUCUCCUCUCCCAUCCCCAUGCCCAUCCCCUUGCCCAUUCCUGUUGUGACCCAGCCGUCAGCCCGGACCCAGUCCGCCUCUCGGCCAGCCCAGCAGGACGACAUGUCGACACCUCCAGCCCCGAUUCUGAAUCCUCAUAUCUGCAAUGACUCCCCUGAGCCAUUGAUCCUCGAGUGCGACGAACCAGUUCUGCAACUGGAGUCGACAAUUAUUGAUGAUGCUAACAACGAAACCCCAGGGAUCCCUGGCUCCUGGCCAGAUGACAGCACCGACGAUGAUUCCAAUUCGGAGUUUACCAACUUGUCCAAUGCUUUUAAGCGGCCUGCCAUGUGA